CCUCUCCCGCCGACAGGUGGGGCCCACCGGCCGACGAGGACCCAGGCGUGGCGCACAGAGGCUCUCCCCCGGCCCGCCCCCUUCCUCCCUUCCUCCUCUGCCGCUCCGCCCGUAACAACCCCCAGAGCCCAUCCGCGCUCCGAUCGAUCGUCCGCCUGAGGUUUUCCGCCGCCUCGUCGCGUGCCUCCUCCGGGGUCGGCGGGGGACGUUCGUGCCGCGAUGGACGCUUUCCGGCCCGCGCCGGCGGGACGCGGCCGCGUGUGGCCGCGCAUCGACGUGCGGGAUCUCGUCGUCAAGGUCAAAUAUGGUGACACUUUGAAGCGUUUCAAUGCCUUUGUGGAUGGAUCACACUUUGAUCAUGAUCUGCCUGCCCUUCGGUUGAAGAUUGCAAGUGCCUUUAAGUUCAGUCCUGAUGUUGAAUUCAUUCUCACCUAUACUGAUGAGGAUGGAGAUUUUGUCAUGCUGGAUGAUGAUAAUGAUCUACGAGAUGCUACUAUUAAUCAGAAAUUGAACCCUCUUAGGAUUGAUGUUCAGUUGAAGAGCAGCAAUGUUGGGGCAACUCGGACAAAAGAGCAGUCCACGAAUCCCAAAUCUCUGAGGUCCAUCUCUCUCGAAGAUCAGCUUGCCCAGGUGAAAUCUGCUAUUGAUGAAGCCUUGAAGUUUGUACCAGAGCAAGUCCCUGCUGUCCUUGCAAAACUAUCUCAUGACUUGCGUUCUAGGGCUGCAUCCUCUGCACCAUCAUUGGCUGAAUUGCUGGACCGUUUUGCUAAACUGAUUACACGAAGUAGCAACAUGCAUCCUUCUUGUGGCUCUUCUGAUGGUUCACAUAAAUUGGGAAAUGCAAAGAUUAAGCUUGAAUCUGCACUUACGGCAGGUUCAGCUUCGGAGCCCUUGGAUGGGCAAAAUUCUGGGAUAUCUGAAGCUGUUCUUAAAAGUGUACUAUCUGAGGAUCCCACUGCUCAAAUUGAACAGGCACCGUCAUGCCCUUCAGUUAAGGACUCACUUGUUUUUACUAGUUCAGGUGGAAUGAAAUCUGAUCUCAAGAGAAGUUUUGAUUCUGAGAUUAAGAUAAAAUCCGAUGCUUGCAGUAAGGGAAAAUCUGUAAUAUCAUCUGUGCCACCUGUUUCCACCACUUCUCAUGGUGCUCCUGCUCAACAAUCUGUUCCUGUGCCAUAUACAUCCUGUGGAUUCAACGGAAUGGCCAAUGUUGAUAUGCUGUCAUUAUUCCCUCCCCCACCUAUAGACCACCCUCCCACACCUAUGCUCUACCCUCCCACACCAUUUUUCACCCCCUACAACCCUAUCUUUGGAGCUAAUGGAAAUACUACUGGUGAUUUACACUCCGUGUUCCCCCCUCCACCCAACAUCUGUAGCCCUUUUAAGUUAAACGCACCUUCAUCUGUCGGUAUGUGCUAUCCUAACCUCUAUUCUACUGGGAGUUCACAGAGAGAUCGCAUGGCCUCAUUGUUUAGUAGUUGUGCACCCAAUCCAGAAGGCGUCAACUCUUUUGGGAGCUCUAACAGAAGUCUUAGUACCAAUUAUGGGAGCAUCCUACAACACACACAGCAUAGAUGGAUACAAUGUGAUGGUUGUGGGGUGACACCGAUUGUUGGGCCUCGCUACAAGUCCAAUGCUAAAGAAGACUAUGAUUUGUGUGAUGCCUGUUUUUCUCACAUGGGCAAUGAGACUGAAUAUACCAGAUUAGACAUGCCUGCUUCAAAAAGUAACAUGAAGAUCCUGGGGAAGGCUCCAGCUGUGAAAACUGACUGUCGCUUCAUUAAGGAUGUUACUAUCCCUGAUGGGACACCAAUGGCGCCAUCAAUUCCAUUUACGAAGAUUUGGCGCAUGUGUAAUAGCGGGUCUACCAUGUGGCCGUAUGGUAUCCAGCUUGUCUGGGUUGGUGGAGAUCACUUAAAAUGCCUGAGUUCAGUCGGAUUAGCGAUUUCAGCAAAUGGGGGGCUAAAUCCAUGGGAAGAGACUGAUGUUACUGUUGAUUUUCUUGCCCCUGCAAAGCCUGGUAGGUACAUAUCUUACUGGAGAUUAGCGCUACCCUCAGGUGUCAAAUUUGGUCAGCAAAUUUGGGUUCAUAUUCAGGUGGAGCAACCUAUUCAAACCAAUGGUGACAAACAGGCUGCUGCAAUGAACCUGAAUCAAUUACCUGAAGCCAACAGCACAAGGCCUUUUACAUUCGAUGUAAACAGUGCUCCUGUGGAACCUUUACGUGGAUGGCCUAGAAGCUGUACUCGUGGUCCCAUACAACCUUUAUUUGGAUGGCCUAGAAGCUCCUGCACCGGAUGGCUUGCACGUGAAACCAUGAAACCCAAGGAAUCUGAACCUGUUCCUAAUGAUAUGUCCUCUGCCCCAGCAGCAGCUGAACCAUUUCAGAUCCUAAUCACUGAGGCUCCUGCCUCAUCUGCCGAGGCUGCAUCGGAUUCAAUGCCUGCUUGUGUGCCUGCACCUGAAGCCAUUCCCCUGCCCAACUCUGUGCCUACACCAGAUCCUGUUAGUGCAUCUGCUCCUGCUCCUGCUGCUGCUCCUGUUAGCAUUCAUGUGCCUGAAGCUGCACCUGCUACUGUGCCUUUGCCUGAAGAAAUUGUAAACCACCUGGAGGAGAAGAUGAUGAGUGAGCUUGAGGUUCUGGGCUUCCUGCAGGCUGACCUGAACAAGCAGGUACUCCGGCAGAACAACUAUGACCUGGAGCAGUCUGUUGUCGAUCUCUGUGGUUUCAACGAGUGGGAUCCCCUCGUUGAGGAUAUCUCUGAUCUGGGUUCUGAUGACGCAGAGAUGAACGAGGUGGAGGUGGUCGACAACAGCGACGAGGAAGGAUUCAUCGUGACGGACCUCGUGACCAAGGCGAAGAAGGAUCAGUGAUGGAUGUCGCCACUUGCGGCUGUCAGCAAUUCGUAGUAAUUUAUGUGUGCAUAAGUAGUAGUGGUAUGAAAUAAGUAGAUGGAAGUAGCGCGGUAUGCCCAGACACCUUGGAUGCGGGGGUUGGUUGCCUUUUUCUGGUUAAUGGUCACCGGUGCACUAUGGCCUAUGGGUGAUCCUUUUGCUGAAAAUAAUAGUUGCAACAUUAAAAAAUAACUACUAAAAUAUAUAUCGGGGAGCAUCUGAUUUUUCUUCCC